UAUUCCCUUCCUCAAAAGGCAGUGGAUACGGAAUCUUUUAAGACCAAUGUAGAUAGAUUCUUGAAGACCAAGGGUUUGAAAAGUUAUUGGGGUAUGCAAGAAUGUAGAGUUGAGGUUAAAACUAGAUCAGCCACGAUUGUAUUGAAUGGCAGAGGAGGUUCAAAGGGGCAAGUUGCCUGCUUUUAUGCCUUGUUCAUAUGUUAGAAUAAGGUAUGAGACCUUGUUGUUUUGAUGGAAUGAGCCCUCACCUUACCCUGUACAUACUUUCCCCUGUAAAUUACAUGUUUGUGAUCUUUAAAUCUGCACCGUGUGUAAGGAUUUCCAUUCAAACCUGUGCUUCUGCUCCACAUUCAUUUUGGAAAUGGAAGAGUCUAACACAUGCCUGGUCCUCCAGUGUGGCAAAGACAAAGUCAUUUUUGUCACCAAGGAAGAUCACGAAGCUCCCAGUAGCGCUGAGUUAAUCGAGGAUGAUCCCAAUGACCCUUACGAAGAACAUGGUCUGAUCCUGCCAAAUGGCGACAUCAACUGGAACUGUCCCUGCCUGGGCGGGAUGGCAAGUGGUCCGUGUGGGGAGCAGUUUAAAUCGGCCUUCUCCUGUUUUCACUACAGCAAGGAAGAGGUGAAAGGCUCCGAUUGCCUGGAGCAGUUCCGAACAAUGCAGGAAUGCAUGCAGCGUUACCCAGACCUGUACCCGCAGGACGAAGAGGUGGAGGAGGAGGAAGAAGACAGCAGCAAAGGGAAGACUGACCUCCCAGCACAAGAGAUACCAGCCUCCCAGAGUCCGGGCUCCAGCUAAUAGGAGGAGGGUGGGGGUCCUCCUAUUCCCCCAGACUGCUGUCCCCUGUUCAACCUCUCUGUUCACCACCCCCUCAUGUCAAGCCAAUGCCAAACAUCAGAAAGAGGGAAUGAAAACAGAAAUUGCUGGAAAACUUCAGUAGGUCUGGCAGCAUCUGAGAGAGAAAGCAGAGUUAACUUUUUGGGUCCAGCAACCCUCCUUCAGAAAUGCUUCAGCAUUGAGUCACUGAAUCUGUUUUCUCUCCUCAGCCGCUGCCAGAGUUUGUCCAGCAAUUUCUGUUUUUUGUUUCUGAUUUCCAACACCUCCAGUUCUUUGGGGUUUUUUGACAAUUUUUAAUUCUUGUGCGUGGAGGGGAUUUUCUUGAAACUGCAAAGGGGCUGGAGCGAAGCAGAACAGAGUUAGUGGGUGGGGAGGACAUCUCACCUUGAGGCUCAGUAGGUGGAAAGUGGCACCUUAGCUCCAAAUGUUGACAGUGGGGACCAUGCUGAGUGUCACCAUCUGAGACAGGGAAUACAGCCCUGGUUGGGAUGGGGGGGUGGGGAGGGGAAGAGCAAAUUCAAUCCUCAAAUCGCACUGAGCUGUUACCCAGUGUAACAACCUCCCUCCUAACCAAAAUGCAGGAAAUAAUUGUGUUCUAGUAAAUUAAAAAUAUUUUUACCUUGUA